CAAUGUUACUCAGUCGGAUGGAGACAGUCGAACUGGCCGAACCUUGAGUCGGCUGCGAGGACCGCCACCCGCCGACAACCGUGCCGCACCCUGGUAUUCACCUUUCGAGCAUUGUCUGAGUCAAGAGAACGCGAGGUCACGCAAUGAGCGGAGAACCGGUGCAAAUUGUGCGAGUCAAGGAUGGACGCAACAUUGAGUUCAACGAACAUGCCCUUGAACGCAUUCUACUGGCGGACCACGUGAAAGAUCGUCCGGUAGUGGUCAUAUCCAUUGCCGGCGCGUACCGGCAAGGAAAAUCAUUUCUACAGAGCUUCUUCGUGCGAUACCUGAGGCACAAUGGUCGAUCCAGUUGGAUUGAAGAGAUGGAUACCCCGCUACGCGGCUUCGAGUGGCGCUCGGGCAGUGCCCGCCAGACAACGGGAAUACUGAUUUGGAACGAAGUGUUUCUGGUAAGAACACUCAGUGGUGAGGAGGUGGCGGUUUUGCUGAUGGACACCCAAGGGACGUUCGAUUGCGAGUCAACGGUGCAAGAGAGCACCAUGAUAUUCUCUCUGUCCAUGAUGACCAGCUCUGUGCAGAUUUACAACCUAAUGAAGAACAUCAAAGAGGACGACCUGCAGCACCUUCAGUUUUUUGCCGAGUAUGGCAGGCUCGCGCAAAAGGAAACCGAAUCAAGUCCCUUUCAGAAGCUUUUGUUUCUGGUUCGAGACUGGAGCUGGCCGAAAGAGAGGAAUUUUGGCUUUGAAGGUGGCAGAUCGCUCGUCGCGAGCCGUCUCGAGGUGAGAGACGGCCAACAUGCUGAGCUUAUGCAAUUGCGGCAGAGCAUCAACUCUUGCUUCAAGGACAUCGACGGUUUCCUAAUGUCCGACCCUGGAAAGAAGGUGACCUCGAAUGACUCAUUCGACGGUCGUCUUGCGGACAUCGAAGAACCGUUCAGGAAGAAUCUUGCGGAGCUUGUGCCUUCCCUUCUAGCACCGGAAAACCUGCUGAUCAAGGAGAUUAAUGGUCGAAAGCUGUCGUGCCAGGAGCUCAUGAUCUUCUUUAAGGCUUAUGUAGAUGUCUUUAAAGGAGGCAACUUGCCGAUGCCGACGUCCAUGCUACUGGCGACUGCAAACGCAAGCAACGUGGCCGCCAUGGACAAAGCCAGACAAUGUUAUAUGUCUGGAGUGACAAAUAGGCCUCGAAGAAAUCUGAGCAAACUGCGCGAGUUUCAUCGUGAGCAGCUGGCAGAGGCACAGAAGGUGUUCAAUGACUUUCCAAAAAUGGGCGGCGACGCAAUAUCAUCCACAACCAUGGAUGUUCUCACAAAGGAGCUUGAAGAGCUCUUCGAUCAACUCUUCAAGGAAGAGGAGGAGCUCAUGAAAAUGGAGCAGGAGGAGGAAGCGAAGAGAGAGAGGGAAAGGCUGGAGGAGCAGAAAAGGGAAGAACAGAGGGAAAGGGAACGAAUUGCGGAGAAAGAAAAGGCCGAAGCCAGAGAAGCGGAAAUGCGCAAAGAAAGAGAGGCAAUGAUGGAGAGGGAAAUGGCUCUGCAGAGAGAAGCGGCGGCAAAGCAAGCUGAACUGGAGAAGAAGGUGGAAGAUGAGAGAGCUCGUGAGAGGGAAAGGGCGCUGGAAAUGCACGUAGAAAUGCAGAGAGAGAGAAGGGAAAUGAAUGAGAGGAUAGCGGAACUGGAGGCGAGUGCGAACGAGUCCAGAAAUAAUCCGCUCACAAGGGCCUUCAGAGCCUUCGGAUGUCUUUUGGCAGCGCCUCUGGCAGCUAUACUCCACCCGCCGGCUGCCAUUGAACUCAUCGAGGAGAUAGAAGAGACGCUUUCAAAGUGAAGGGGUGCUCCCUUCAGGAGGACAUCCGGACGGCAUCAUGCUCGAUAUCCACGAUAUUGUCUGUGAACCAGAAGGACAUGCGUACGCGCAAUAUUUAUUCAAUAACCAGGCAGCACAUUUUUUUUCGACCUGGUAUGCAGCAGGUAUCAGCUGCACAUUGGUACGAGGAAUGAAAUAUCUUUUGGCCUGUUGUACGAGUGGAUUUCUUUCUGCGUCUUUUUUUUUUUUUUUGUUACUCAGCGCAUGUACCAUGACGCGAAACAAAUGUAAGUUAUAAUAAAAAUUUCUAACAACCAA